AUGGCGGAAGCAAUCCCAGAGACUAUGAAAGCGGUGGUGUUUCACGGGCCGAAGAAGGUCGCCGUGGAGGAGAGGCCUGUUCCUAAGAUUAACCACCCCCUCGACGUCCUCGUCAAAGUAACCGCCACCGCCCUCUGCGGCUCCGAACUUCACGUCUACCGCGGCCACCAACCCUCCCCAACAGGCUUCAUCAUGGGCCACGAAUUCGUAGGCCACAUCGUCGCCCUCGGCUCAGCCGUCACGUCCCUCAAAAUCGGCGACAAGGUCGUCUCCCCCUUCACAACCUCUUGCAUGAACUGCUUCUACUGCAACCUAGGCUACUCCUCCCGCUGCGCCCACUCCCUGUUAUUCGGCUCCGAAAAGUUAGACGGUGCCCAGGCCGCGUACGUCCUCGUCCCGUUCGGCCCAGGAACCCUAACCGUCGCUCCCCCGUCCGAUAUCAUCCCCGACCGGGCCCUCAUCCUCAUGGCGGAUAUUUUUCCGACGGGGUACUUUGGCGCAAAGAACGCGUUUAGUCAGCUGCAGAAGCAGGAGGCGACAGAGGCGACGGUGGUGGUUAUUGGGUGUGGGCCUGUGGGGUUGUGUGCGAUCAUCAGUGCGAUGGAGUAUAAACCCAAGAAGCUUUUUGCUGUUGAUGGGGUCAAGUCGAGGUUGGAAUUGGCGAGGGGGCUCGGGGCGGAGCCGUUGGAUUUGAAUGAGCUUGGUAGGGAGGGUAUUGUAAAGAGGGUGAGGGAGGUGACGGAAGGGAGGGGGGCGGACGCGGUGGUGGAGGUUGUGGGGUUGAGCCCUGCGUUGAGGACCGCAUUUGAGGUGUUGAGGCCGUUUGGGGUCGUGAGUAGUAUUGGGGUGCACAAUGGGGAGAUUCCGUGGGGUGGGGAUGAGGCUUAUGGUAAAAACUUGAGGGUUCAAAUGGGACGGUGCCCUGUCAGGUCGAUUUUCGAGGAGGCGCUGCCUGUUCUGGCCAAGAACCAGGAUCGGGUGAGCUUCAUGUUCGACAAGAUCAUGCCCCUUUCCGACGCAGUGGAGGGUUACGACCUCUUUGACAACAUGAAGGUGCAAAAGGUGAUUUUCGAGCCUUAAGUCCUCUCCCUCUCCCCUUUCCACUACUGUCAUAACA